AUAAACACCCCCCCUCCCUCUCCAUAGCCUCUGCACUCCUUCCUCGUGGCUCCCUAACUCUCUUUCUCUCUCUCUCACGAUGUCUAAGGUUUUGGUCUUCUCUCUCCUCUCUCUCAGCCGGAGGUGUCACAGUGCGGCGGCGGCGAGUGCACGUGCCGUUCCUGGGGUGGCGAGGAGGGCGGCGGCUGCGGCGGAGACGGCGGCAAUGGAGUCUGGUGGACCGGCUAAGGAGGAGAUAUUCUGGAUGAGAGACCCCAAGACUGGUUGCUGGAUCCCUGAAAACCGGUUCGAUGAAGUCGAUGCAGCGGAGCUCCGAGCUCGAUAUCUUCCAAAGAAAAAUUGAGAAUAUAUUUAAUAGACAUAUAAAAGAUCUGCAUAAUCUCUCUGUCUCUCUCUCUAUCUCUUUAUCUUUCCUUUUACGCUUUUUAUAUCAAUGAAGAAUUAUUAAAAGGUAGUAAAA